UUCAUUUUUAUUGUAUAAGAGAAAGAGACAACAACAACAAAAAAAUAGGAAGAAAGAACAAACAAAAAAAGAAAAGAAGAAAGAAAUCAGAUAAAACUGUCCUCCUUAUCAUUUUUCUCCUUAUCAUUAUCUUUGUCUGUGACAAAUCGUGGGAUUUUUUUGUUUUCUUCUUUUUUAUUUAGUCUAUCAUAUUCCUAGAUCGGCGGUUGUUCUUUUUUUUUCGGUGUGACAAGUGUGAUCUCGCGAGUGAUCGAAAGACGAUGCGCCGGAGCCAGUGAGCAGAAAGAUCGACUUUCUCGAUAAGAUCCGUGCCGCAGAUCACGCGGCGGGGCGGCCCCAAUGCCGGUUAGGAAGGGCCUCCUCGCCCCACAAAAUACUUUUCUCGAUACAAUCGCAACACGCUUCGAUGGAACCCAUAGCAAUUUCGUCCUCGGAAAUGCGCAGGUUCCGACGAUCUAUCCGAUCGUUUAUUGUUCUGACGGAUUUUGUGAGCUGACAGGAUUUGCGCGAGCGCAGAUCAUGCAAAAGGGUUGCGCUUGCAAAUUUCUUUACGGCUCGGAAACAAAAGAGGAGGUAAAGGCGAUGAUUGAUAAGAGUCUCGAAAGUAAAACAGAGCUGAAGAUGGAAGUCGUCUUUUAUAAGAAGAACGGAAGCCCAUUCGAUUGUUUAUUGGAUAUCGUUCCAAUAAAAAACGAAAAAGGCGAUGUGGUCCUGUUCCUGGCAUCUCACAAGGACAUCACACAUACGAAGAAUCUUCAGCUCUGUGAGUUGCACGAUAGUGAUGCAAAUGGAAAUCUUGAUCCUGAAGCGCCACCAGCUAAUUAUGGUAGAAGGAGAAGUCGUGCUGUUUUAUAUCAACUCUCCGGACAUUACAAGCAGGACAAUAAACACAAGAUAAAAUUGAACAACACUCUCUUGCAUUCCACGGCACCUCCUCUACCGGAGUAUAAAACUUCAGCGAUCAAAAAGUCGCAAUUCAUUCUAAGUCAUUAUGGCGGCUUCAAGUCAUGCUGGGAUUGGUUGAUACUAUUAGCUACCUUCUACGUUGCUAUCAUCGUUCCAUACAAUGCAAGCUUCAUCAACAUCGAUAGACCGACUAUGGUCAGUGAUGUCGUCGUGGAAGCUCUUUUUAUAUUCGAUAUACUCUUGAAUUUUCGAACAACAUACGUCAGCAGAAAAGGCGAGGUCGUGAGCAACAGCAAAAGUAUCGCAUUGAACUACGUGAAGAGUUGGUUCUUCGUUGAUCUUGUAGCAGCUCUACCCUUCGAUUUUCUCUACGCUUCGGAUGUUUAUAGUGGAGAGGAAUCAGGACACGGUAAUAUUCAUCUAGUAAAAUUGACCAGAUUACUUAGACUGGCUCGUUUGUUACAAAAGAUAGACAGGUACUCGCAAUAUAGCGCUGUGAUCUUGACGAUGCUGAUGUUAUUUUUUAUUUUGGUCGCCCAUUGGCUCGCCUGUAUUUGGUUUGUUAUAGCCGAAAAGGAAAGACUACGAAAUGACAAGGAAUGGGACCUUGGUUGGAUACAUGCUCUUGCAGAACGUUUAAAAAUUUCUGUGCAAAAUGUAACGCACACGGAAAGUUAUAUCACGGCAUUAUACUUCACCUGUAGCAGUUUGACUUCCGUGGGAUUUGGAAACGUUUCGGCGAAUACAUUUUCUGAAAAAUUUUUUUCGAUUUGUACGAUGCUAAUCGGUGCUCUGAUGCAUGCUGUCGUUUUCGGUAACGUCACGGCUAUCAUUCAAAGAAUGUAUUCGAGAAGAUCGCUCUAUCAAACGAAAUUACGAGAUUUAAAGGACUUUUUAGUGCUUCAUCAAAUUCCCGAUGAAUUGAAGCAACGAAUGCAAGAUUACUUUCAAACGAUGUGGUCUUUAAAUCAUGGUAUUGACAUACACGAGACGCUAAAACAAUUCCCUGAAGAACUUAGAGGAGACGUUUCAAUGCACUUACAUAGAGAAAUCUUAAGUUUACCAAUAUUCGAAGCUGCUUCUCAAGGUUGUCUUAAACUACUUUCUCUACAUAUUAGAAGCAAUUUCUGCGCUCCCGGCGAGUUUCUUAUUCACAAAGGGGAUGCUCUUUCUUAUAUUUAUUAUCUAUGCAAUGGUUCCAUGGAAGUCGUUCAAAACAGCAUGGUCGUUGCGAUUCUAGGAAAGGGUGAUUUAGUAGGCUGCGAUAUAAAUGUUCAUCUACAGCAUGGAAACAACGGUGGAGGAACUGGUGGUGGUGGUUCUGGGGGCUCUGAUGUCAUUGUAAAAUCCAGUUGCGACGUCAAAGCUUUAACUUAUUGCGACCUAAAGUGUAUACACAUGCAAGGCCUGGUUGAAGUUCUCCGUCUUUAUCCUGAGUAUCAGCACGAAUUUGCACACGAUAUACAGCACGAUCUAACAUACAAUUUACGGGAAGGUUACGAAGCUGAGCAGGAAUCAGACAUGAACGGUCCGUCGUUAACGUUGCCGUCGAUUAGCGAAGAUGAUGAAAAUGUACCUGAAGAAGGGGAAACGUCUCCCCUCUCGCCACCAAAUAAAUCACCACUGCAUACGUCAUCACCACGACAUGCUAAAUUUAGAGAUGAGUAUAGAGAAGGUAGAAGAGGAGCAAGCAGGGGAGUUCUAAUGAAAGGAAGGGCAGCACAAAUAAUCUCUCAAGAAUCUAUGGAAGAACAUAUUCGUGGUUCCGUAGAAAGAUUGGAUACACAGGUUUCUACGUUACAUCAGGACGUCGCUACUCUAAGUUGCGAAGUAAGAAAUGCCAUUCAUGCUCUACAAAUGUUGGCUUACUCGCCUCAAAGCAAUCCUAAUUUACCAAGACCAGUUAGCCGUGGUAGCGGAAUGUUAGCAAGAAGCUCCUCUCAUCCACCAGAUGCUAUCUGUUGGAAUCCACCAGCGAGAUUAGCUGAUGCCACUACUCAAACGGAUUGGCCAGUCGAUGUAUUUGAAGUUUGGGUUCGAGGGAAUCCUGAUCGUGUUUUAAUGAUACUAGGUCUUGAGCCUGACUUACUCAUUAGGUUACAACCAUCAUCUCCGACACAAUCACCGUCUUCACCACCACCACCACCUUACGAACCCUUAUCCCCGUUGGCAGGUACACCACCGCAAUCACCGUCUCAAUCUCGGCAUAAAGAGAUUUGCGCCUUCGAGAGUGAUCGUGAAAAUAGGCACCUCUCUCGGACUUAUCGAAGCUCGCACACAACAACAUGGGAUUCGGAAAACAAGCUGUCUCAUCGAUUCAGCGCUGGUGACGCGGACAAUGUGUCUCUCUAUCAAGCUUUUAAUGCCCUUCAUCAACUUCCGGAAUCACGCUCCUUGAAAUUCGAUCCAUUUGAUAGCUGAAUAGAAAUCGAGGAGGAUGAUCGUCAAGAUCGUAGAAGAAUUUCCGACUAAAACACGUUCCAUGUUUCCGUUCGUUAUGCAUAAUGUGAUGCGUCAGGUUGCAUUUGGUUAGUGACGCGGAAAAAAGAAUCGAAUGAAAAAGAACGAAUAAAAAGAAAUUUGAAAAAUCAACUUUUGAAACGCGGAACAUUCGCAACUUUCUGUCAAUUUUAUCAUCGAAUAUCGAUCCCGUCUCUGUCGUUUUUUUUUUCUUUUUUUUUUUUCAAAGGGACAAAAAAAAUUUGAUUAAAAGAUUUUAACGCGAUCUAUAUAUUCGAUCUAUUCGAAUCUCGGUAGAUUUAUAUUAUAAGUUAGAAGAAUAAAAACAGAAAAGGAAGAAAAGGAAGAAAAAGGCAAAGAAAAAACAAAAUAAAACAAAAUAAAAUAAAAUAAAAUAAAAUAAAAUAAAAAGAAGGAAAGAAAAAAGCUAAAAACGAAAGGAAACGAUGUGUUUUAAAUAUUUUCUGUGAUAUAUAUUUUCUAUCGCUUUCGACCAGGAUUUUUCGCCUAAUUCGCUAAACCAUCGAGAGAAUACGUUGCUUCUGAAAAUUCCAAAGUUCGAAAGUAAAUAUCUUUUUCUGAUGUUUAUGAGAUACGUAUAUUGAGUGCGAAGCACGUAACGCGAAUCGUCAGUCAAAAGUCUUCUACUCUCUUCGAGUGUAAGCUCUUCGUUCAUUCGUGCCUCUAUCUUACUACUCUUCAUCUAUUUACCUAUCCAUUUCUCUCUCUCUCUCUCUCUCUCUCUCUCUUUGUCUCUCUCUCUCUCUUUCUCUCUCUCUUUCUGUCUCUUUCUCUUUCUCUCUCUCUAUAUUUCUAUUUUCAAGAUAUUAGUGAUUUUUAGCCGAUAUCAUUGUACGUACAUACAUACAAACACAUUCAAACAUAUCGAUCGUAAAAGAUAAAUGAUAAUGACAUCCUGCAUAUCAAAUUCUAUAUAUGUAUGUAUUCCAAAAGACUAUGAACGAACGCUGUUAUAUAUGUCAUUAUGAUAUACCUUCUCCACGAAAGUGUUCUACAUUAUAUCUCGAGCGAUAAACGGGAACAAAUGGUUCUUUGCGAGGUCAAUAUAUUAUAUAACCUUUAGUUUUCUUGAGGGAAAGAAAAAGAAGGUAUCGUUUUUCUAAGCUAAACGAUUAACGAAAUUAGUUUGGAUAGUUGUACGUAUGUAAGUAUACACACAUACGUUGAUACUUUUCUUUUUUAUCCGUCAAAACUUUUUUGCUUGAAUCAUUCCAUGCACGUAUUGCUGUGAUCGAUUAAACGUAGUUAGUGAGAAGAAGAAAAAGAAAUUGAUGAUAAAAAAAGAUAACGUGCGAUACACUUAGACAAAGGUCGUUAAAGAAUAUAAAAAAGGAGAAUGAGAAGGAAAAUCGAUGAUAUGGUCACGGAAAGUUUUCAUAUAUAUAUAAGAGGCAAAAAAAAAAGAAAAGAAAGGAAAAGGAAAACAAAGAAAAAUGCGUAUCGAUCGUUGCCUAAUUUAACGCGUAAAUCGUAACAAACAAUUAGUCCUUUUGACGACAGUAUAAUAGUAGCGUAGCAAUAACGAGCACAAUUCAUUUCGAUGUAAACUCCUCCGACGUCCAAUUUUAGAAUAAUUAAAUAAUUCUCGAGAUGUAGAAAUCUCUUUUACUAUCGUCUCCCUUGGAGACAAUUGAUUAACAAUGACGAAAAAAAAAAGAAAAAAGAAAAAAGUAAAAAGAAAAAAGAAAAAAAAAAAGAAAAGAAACGAAAAUUAAAAAUAUUAACGAGCACGACAAAUGUACGUCUCGAACGAAUCGUUUGAAACAUAUUAGUGUAUCAUAUGAAGUUAUAAUAUUGAUACGCAUAAUAUCUAUUAAUUUUAAAUAAAAUCUAUCGAAUAAACGUCGGUGUAAAUAAUAAAGAGAUAUCGAAGAUACAUAUGUGAUAAGGCACGGCUUUUGGCCAUGCACUACCGUAUUCGUUCGACUUCGUCGUCACUUGUGAAAAUUCGAUAUUAAUUUUUACAAUCCUAUAUUCUUUUAAUUUUAAAAGAAAAUUCAAUUCUCGGAACGUAGAAAAAUUAUAUUGUGUCAUAAAUUUGUAAAUUGAAAAAAAAAAAGUAAAAAGUAAAAAGUAAACAGAAAAAGAAAAUAAGAGAGAACUUACUUAUUAUGUAUGAUCGGUGGUACACAUAUAAAAAAAUCAAUGUCUUUAUAAAAAAAAAAGUUUUGUCUAAAAAAUCGUUGUUUUUCGUCGUCCAUCAAAUUUUCACAAGUCAUGAUAGAAGCAGCUGUUUUAUAAAUAUUUCAUAUAUUUUGUUAUACUGUUUCUAUGCUCUUCACACUACAAUCCCAAGAAAGCUACUCUUUUAUAGUAUUAAUCUGUAUACUUCGUCUCCUCUACUCGUAGUUUUUACACUUCCCACCGAACUAUGAUUAAAUGUCGCAUACGAGAACACGAAUUUAUCAGAUUGAGAAAAGAAAAAAAAGAAAAAAUGAAAGCACAAAAUUCGAAAAGGUUAAGUUAUUUCUUACUGUUCGUCCACAAAUUUAAAUAAUCUUCUUGGAAGAUUUUUUAAAGAUCAAAUUAUUCUUCGCAGCAUUCUAUUGCUGUUGUAAAGUACGUUAAAAUAAGAAUGUUAAUAACAAACGUUAUGGAAAACGUUAAUGUAUAUAUAUAUAUAUACAUAUAUAUAUAUAGGUAUAUAUGUGGUGUAUCUAAUAUUGUCCCAUCUAUGAAAUUAAUUUAUAAGUUUACGUUAAGGGAAAAGAAUUGAAAAAUUAUGAAAUUUUUAGCUUAACUCUAUCAAAUUUUUUAUCAUAAAUUUUUUAUCUGAUCUAGUUAGAAAAUAUUUGAAUCGACGGCCUUAAAUAUAAAAAAAAAAUAACUAUUUUUUUUCAGAACACAUAAUAUAACAAAAAUACUUUUAAAAACGAUUUCUAUGGGAUCGAUAACCACGGCAUACAUACAUAAACACACAUACAUCGUCUAGCGGAAUGAUUAAAGAAAAAAAGAAAAAGAAAAAAAAAUUAACAAUUCUAUUCGAAUGAUCAACACACAUAAUUAUAAAAUUUUAUUUCUAAUAAAUUCGAUUGCGACUUUUUUCGAGUACAUAGAAUUAUUAUAUGAUUCGAGAUUUUGUCGAAAAUCACAUACGAAAUCAAUUUUAAUCGUGCAAAAUUUUUUUGAUAAUUUUCGAUUAAUACAAAUUCUAUUAUAAAAAACACAACCAUAUGCAUAUAUCCGCAAGAAUAUAAAUGAUCAUUAGAUGGUACAUAUCGAUUGGAAAUUGGCUAAGAGAAUACGGAUAUUGUACAAAUUUGCAAAGAAAAAGAUAUAUAAUUCUAAAAUAUAAAAAUGUAUUUAUUAUAUCGUCGGUAAUAAAUAAAUCUCUUAAAUCUACCGCAAUUUGGAAUUUUGCGGUUCGAAGAUAUAAUAUUUUUUAAAAACAUAUAUACGUUGUGAGAGAGACACUACGUAGCUCCUCUUCACGUGCCUAUAAUUUUGCAAAAAUUCUUAUAAAACGAAUACGUCUAUGUUAUUCAUUUAGGAUUAUUAAUUAAAUAUAUUUUAUUUAAUUUCAUCGAUGCAGUUAUAAAAGUAAUUAUGGCGAUUCACGGAGUAAACUAAGUCUAGCUUACCUCUAUUACGAAACGUUUAUGUAAAUUGUAAAUAUUCUUGGAUGCUGAUUGUACAGUACGCAUCAUACAAUUGAUUCCUUUGUUCUGUAAACGCAUUACGAAUUAUUGCAUAAAUAAAUCACAAGAGUAAUA